GGCGCUGAGAAGUCGCAGUGGCUGGAGAGGCGUCGGGGGCAGACCACCUCCGCGCCCCCCUCGCCCCCCCUGGUUUCUCUCUGGGAGGAAGAGGAGGGGAGGGGGCUUGCGGAGCGAGCGAUGGACGAAGAAAACAUGACGAGAAGCGAGGAGCAGCCGCCUCUGAGUUUGCAAAAAGCCUUACAGCAGUGCGAGUUGGUCCAAAACAUGAUAGACCUGAGCAUCUCCAACCUGGAGGGGCUCAGGACCAAAUGCGCUACCUCCAACGACCUCACCCAGAAAGAAAUCCGGACCCUGGAGAGCAAGCUGGUGAAGUACUUCAGCCGGCAGCUGUCCUGCAAAAAGAAGGUGGCCCUGCAGGAGCGCAACGCCGAGCUGGACGGCUUCCCCCAGCUCCGCCACUGGUUCCGAAUCGUCGACGUGCGCAAGGAAGUCCUGGAGGAAAUCACCCCGGGCCAGCUGAGCCUGGAGGACCUCCUGGAGAUGACGGAUGAGCAGGUGUGCGAGACCGUGGAGAAAUACGGAGCCAACCAGGAGGAAUGUGCCCGUCUCAACGCCUCCCUGUCCUGCCUCCGGAACGUGCACAUGUCAGGCGGCAACCUCUCCAAACAAGACUGGACCAUCCAGUGGCCCACCACGGAGACGGGGAAGGAGAACAGCCCGGUGUGCCCCCCGGAGCCCGCGCCGUGGAUCCGCACCCACCUCUCCCAGAGCCCCAGGGUCCAGUCCAAGUGCCCCCAGCACUACUGUUACGCCAGCCCCCCCCCGGGGGCCCCCGUGUACACCCACGUGGACAGGCUCACCGUGGACGCCUACCCGGGCCUGUGCCCGCCACCGCCCCUGGAAUCGGGCCACCGCUCCCUGCCCCCGUCGCCGAGGCAGCGACACGCCGUCCGCACCCCGCCGCGCACCCCCAAUAUCGUCACCACGGUGACCCCGCCGGGCACGCCGCCCAUGAGGAGGAAGAACAAGCUGAAACCCCCCGGGACCCCGCCGCCCUCCUCCCGAAAGCUGAUCCACUUGAUCCCGGGGUUCACGGCCCUGCAUCGGAGCAAGUCCCACGAGUUCCAGCUGGGUCACCGCGUGGACGAGGCCCACACGCCCAAAGCCAAGAAGAAGAGCAAGCCCUUGAACCUCAAGAUCCACAGCAGCGUGGGCAGCUGCGAGAACAUCCCGGCCCAGCAGCGCUCUCCGCUGCUGUGCGAGCGCUCCCUCCGCUCCUUCUUCGUGGGACACGGGCCUUUCCUGCCCUCCACCCCUCCCGUCCACACCGAGGCCAACUUCUCCUCAAACACACUGUCAGUGCCGCGCUGGUCCCCGCAGAUCCCUCGCAGAGACCUUGGCAACUCCAUCAAGCACAGGUUUUCCACCAAAUACUGGAUGUCUCAGACGUGCACAGUCUGUGGGAAAGGGAUGCUUUUUGGCCUCAAGUGUAAAAAUUGCAAGUUAAAGUGCCACAACAAAUGCACCAAAGAAGCCCCACCCUGUCAUCUCCUAAUCAUCCACCGAGGGGAUCCAGCAAGGUUAGUCCGGACGGAGUCGGUCCCGUGUGACAUCAACAACCCUCUGCGGAAGCCACCCCGGUAUUCGGACCUGCACAUCAGCCAGACGCUCCCCAAAACCAACAAAAUCAACAAGGACCACAUCCCCGUCCCCUACCAGCCCGACUCCAGCAGCAACCCCUCCUCCACGACGUCCUCCACGCCCUCCUCGCCGGCGCCCCCCCUGCCUCCCAGCGCCACGCCGCCUUCCCCCCUGCACCCUUCCCCUCAGUGCACGAGGCAGCAGAAGGCCUUCAACCUGCCAGCGUCCCACUACUACAAAUACAAGCAGCAGUUCAUCUUCCCAGAUGUGGUGCCAGUGCUGGAGACACCGACCCGGGCGCCCCAGGUCGUUCUGCAUCCAGUGACCUCGAAUCCCAUCUUGGAAGGAAACCCAUUACUUCAAAUUGAAGUGGAGCCGACCUCAGAGNNNGAAGAGGGCCACGACGAGGCCGAGGAGUCGGAGGACGACUUUGAGGAGAUGAACCUGUCCCUGCUGUCGGCCCGGAGCUUCCCGCGCAAGGCCAGCCAGACCAGCAUCUUCCUGCAGGAGUGGGACAUCCCCUUCGAGCAGCUGGAGAUCAGCGAGCUCAUCGGCAAGGGCCGCUUCGGGCAGGUGUACCACGGCCGCUGGCACGGCGAGGUGGCCAUCCGGCUCAUCGACAUCGAGAGGGACAACGAAGAGCAGCUGAAGGCCUUCAAGCGGGAGGUCAUGGCCUACCGGCAGACGCGUCAUGAGAACGUGGUGCUUUUCAUGGGCGCCUGCAUGAGCCCGCCCCACCUGGCCAUCAUCACCAGCCUCUGUAAGGGACGGACCCUCUAUUCGGUGGUGCGGGAUGCCAAGAUUGUCUUGGACGUCAAUAAAACCAGGCAGAUCGCCCAAGAAAUCGUGAAGGGCAUGGGCUACCUCCACGCCAAGGGAAUCCUGCACAAGGACCUCAAGUCCAAGAACGUCUUCUACGACAACGGCAAAGUGGUGAUCACAGACUUUGGGCUCUUCAGCAUUUCGGGGGUGUUGCAGGCUGGCAGGAGAGAGGACAAGCUACGCAUCCAGAAUGGCUGGCUGUGCCACCUGGCGCCGGAGAUCAUCCGCCAGCUGUCCCCCGACACAGAAGAGGACAAGCUCCCCUUCUCCAAGUACUCGGAUGUCUUUGCCCUUGGAACAAUCUGGUAUGAACUCCACGCCAGGGAGUGGCCUUUCAAGACCCAACCAGCUGAAGCAAUAAUCUGGCAAAUGGGCACAGGCAUGAAACCCAACCUCAGCCAGAUCGGCAUGGGAAAAGAAAUCUCGGACAUUCUUCUCUUCUGCUGGGCCUUUGAGCAAGAGGAGAGACCUACCUUCACCAAGCUCAUGGACAUGCUGGAGAAACUGCCAAAGCGAAACCGCCGCCUGUCUCACCCGGGCCAUUUCUGGAAGUCUGCAGAGUAG